AUGGCAUACGUUGACCGGUCCCACUAUGAUGUUUACCUUGCAGUCUGCUAUCCAGAUAUAGAUUAUCCCGAAUGGCCCGUCCACUGGAUAAUCCUACUGCACAACCCCGGCAGUGAGCGAUGCACUUAUUUUCACUCUGCCACUGAAGAUGGUGGAUAUCGCUAUUUACAAGAGCCUGACAAACGAUUUGACAGCUGGGGUAUAGAAACCAUGGAUUUUCUAGCCCGAAUUCCCGCUUCUGAAUUUGCUACUGUUCAGCGGGAAGCCCUUGCUGUCCCGGCACAGAGCUGUCAGUGCUGGUCAUCAUACCUGAUUUUUCGACUGCAGCGACUGGGCUUGGUUCCUGAUGGAACUUAUGAGCACUGGCGUGAUUACCAUAUGACUUCCCGUCGUCUAGACCUGGGGCCGGGUGGUUGUUCAUGCUUUUAUUAG